UUUGGUUUCUUCGGACGGGAAGACUGUCUCGGUUCUGAGCAAGUUGAAGUUCCUUCCUUGUUUCCUUUUCAACUUUAUACCCCUUCUUUUCCUGUCUUGGCUUUAUCUCUAUCUACUACCUUAUUGCUAUGGCUUUUUACCAUCUCCCUACCUAUUGCUGUGGCCAUCCUUCUUUCUUUCUUUCUUUCUUUCUUUCUUUCUUUCUUUCUGUCUUUCUCUUAUUCAACUUAAAAUCUCGCAGAAUGGUCCGGUAUAUUUCCUUUUUCUGUCUCUCUCUCUCUCUCUCUCUCUCUACUACGCCUGUUCUGGGACUGGGCAGAAGCGCUUAAUUGCUGAAUCGCUUAAUUGGCUGUGAUUGUG